UUUGCGUUCGCUUUGGGGCUUUCGAACCUACCGCCUCUCCCCGCGUACCAAGAUGGCGGCAGAAGCAGCCGGUGGGAAAUACAGAAGCACAGUCAGCAAAAGCAAAGACCCCUCGGGGCUGCUCAUCUCUGUGAUCAGGACUCUGUCUACCAGUGAUGAUGUUGAAGACAGAGAAAAUGAGAAGGGUCGCCUUGAAGAGGCCUAUGAGAAAUGCGACCGCGACCUGGACGAUCUGAUUGUGCAGCACUACACAGAACUGACGACUGCCAUCCGCACGUACCAGAGCAUCACGGAGCGAAUCACCAACUCCCGGAACAAGAUAAAGCAGGUAAAAGAGAACCUGCUUUCAUGCAAGAUGCUACUGCAUUGCAAACGGGAUGAGCUUCGGAAACUGUGGAUUGAAGGAAUUGAACAUAAGCAUGUCCUGAAUUUGUUGGAUGAAAUUGAGAAUAUCAAGCAAGUACCUCAAAAGCUGGAACAGUGCAUGGCCAGCAAGCACUAUCUGAGUGCCACCGACAUGCUGGUGUCAGCAGUUGAGUCUUUGGAGGGGCCCCUGCUCCAGGUGGAAGGCCUGAGUGACCUUAGGCUGGAGCUUCACAGCAAGAAGAUGAACCUUCACUUGGUUCUCAUAGAUGAAUUGCACCGGCACCUGUACAUCAAAUCUACCAGUCGAGUUGUGCAGCGUAACAAGGAAAAAGGGAAAAUGAGCUCCCUUGUGAAAGAUGCUUCUCCUGUUCCUCUGAUUGAUGUCACAAACCUUCCUACUCCCCGGAAAUUCCUUGAUACCUCUCAAUAUUCUCUUGCUGGAAGCUCAAGUAUGAGGGAGAUAAAUCUGCAGGAUGUCAAGGAGGAUUUAGAAUUGGAUCCAGAGGAGAACAGCACCCUUUUUAUGGGUAUCCUUAUCAAGGGGCUGGCCAAACUGAAGAAGAUCCCAGAGACAGUAAAGGCAAUCAAAGAGCGCUUGGAGCAGGAGUUAAAGCAAAUUGUGAAGCGGUCUACGACCCAGGUGGCAGACAGUGGCUAUCAGAGGGGUGAGAAUCUCACUGUGGAGAACCAGCCAAGGUUGCUUCUAGAACUGCUGGAGUUAUUGUUUGACAAGUUUAAUGCUGUAGCCACUGCACACUCUGUGGUCCUGGGAUACCUGCAGGACACGGUUGUGACUCCACUGACUCAGCAGGAAGAUGUCAAAUUAUAUGAUAUGGCAGAUGUGUGGAUGAAGAUCCAAGAUGUUCUGCAGAUGCUGUUGACUGAGUACUUGGAUAUGAAAAAUACUCGUACGUCCUCUGAACCAUCAGCUCAACUAAGCUAUGCCAGUACUGGACGAGAGUUUGCAGCCUUUUUUGCCAAGAAGAAACCUCAAAGGCCAAAAAACUCUCUUUUCAAGUUUGAGUCAUCCUCCCAUGCCAUCAGCAUGAGUGCUUAUCUGCGGGAACAGAGAAGGGAGCUGUAUAGUCGAAGUGGAGAACUGCAAGGGGAUCCUGAUGACAACUUAAUUGAAGGUGGAGGAACAAAAUUUGUCUGCAAACCUGGAGCCAGAAACAUCACUGUCAUAUUCCAUCCCUUACUAAGAUUUAUUCAGGAGAUUGAGCAUGCCCUGGGACUUGGCCCAGCCAAACAGUGUCCUCUUCGAGAAUUUCUUACCAUGUACAUCAAAAACAUCUUCCUCAAUCAGGUCUUGGCUGAGAUUAACAAGGAGAUCGAAGGAGUCACUAAAACAUCUGACCCCUUGAAGAUUCUCGCUAACGCAGACACCAUGAAGGUGCUGGGGGUGCAGCGGCCUCUCUUACAGAGCACAGUUAUUGUAGAGAAGACAGCGCAAGACCUGCUGAACCUGAUGCGUGACCUGAGCGCGUACUCAGACCAGUUCCUCAGCAUGGUGUGCGUGAAGCUGGAGGAGUACAAGGACACCUGUGCCACGGCCUACAGGGGUAUUGUCCAGUCAGAAGAAAAACUUGUCAUCAGUGCUUCUUGGGCCAAAGAUGAUGACAUCAGCAGACUCUUGAAAUCGCUGCCAAACUGGAUUAACAUGGCUCAACCCAAACAGCUGAGGCCGAAGAGAGAGGAAGAGGAAGAUUUCAUAAGGGCAGCCUUUGGCAAGGAGUCUGAAGUUCUUAUUGGGAACCUGGGUGAUAAGUUAAUCCCUCCACAAGACAUCCUCUGCGACGUCAGUGACCUCAAAGCUUUGGCCAACAUGCAUGAAAGCCUGGAAUGGUUGGCAGCUCGAACCAAGUCCGCUUUCUCCAAUCUUUCUGCAUCUCAGAUGCUUUCCCCUGCUCAAGAUGGCCACGUGAACAUGGAUCUUCCCCCAGUGUCAGAGCAGAUCAUGCAGACUCUGAGUGAACUUGCCAAAUCGUUCCAGGACAUGGCUGACUGCUGCUUGCUGGUCUUACAUCUGGAAGUGAGGGUUCACUGUUUCCACUAUCUCAUCCCGCUUGCAAAGGAGGGAAACUAUGCCAUUGUUGCUAAUGUGGAAAGUAUGGACUAUGACCCUCUCGUGGUUAAGCUUAACAAAGAUAUCAGUGCCAUUGAAGAAGCCAUGAGCGCCAGCCUUCAGCAACACAAGUUCCAAUAUAUCUUCGAAGGCCUGGGCCACCUGAUCUCCUGCAUCCUCAUCAACGGUGCCCAGUACUUCAGGCGCAUCAGUGAGUCCGGCAUCAAGAAAAUGUGUAGGAACAUUUUUGUUCUUCAGCAGAAUUUGACCAACAUCACUAUGUCGCGGGAGGCGGACUUGGACUUUGCAAGGCAGUAUUACGAGAUGUUGUACAACACGGCUGACGAGCUCUUGAACCUGGUGGUGGACCAGGGCGUGAAGUACACGGAGCUGGAGUACAUCCACGCCCUGACCCUGCUGCACCGCAGCCAGACCGGGGUGGGAGACCAGACCACCCAGAACAUGCGGCUGCAGCGGCUCAAGGAGAUCAUCUGUGAGCAGGCUGCCAUCAAGCAAGCCACCAAGGACAAGAAAAUAACCACCGUUUAACUGGGUGUGGUGUGGUGGGGGGCAAGGGUCAUUUUCGUUUCCUAAGCCAUACAUUUUCCUCUGGUAUGUUAUUUGUCAUAGUCUGACCUGACUUAGUUUUCUCACCACUAAUGCUUUAGUGGAGAGAAGGUACCUGGGUCAUUACGAAAGUUUUGAGAUACACAAAAAUCAAGUAACAUAAAAUUCAUACUGACAGAAAGGAUUGAAGCCCUCCCAGCAAGUUGAAACAUACACAGGUCAAUCAAAAAGAACAGUCAACUGUGUUUCUUGGAAGUGAUAUAAUGGACUAACACAGUCUGUCUGAAAACCUUUGUAGUGACUUACAUAUAAGGCUUUUCUCUUUAGUUUGGCUUUCAUAUAAAUUCUGAUGUCUGCAGUACAGAAUGUUCUGAUUGAACAACUACUUUAAUGCUGUCAAGCCUAAAGGGACUGGGUGGGCCAGGGGGGAACAUGGUGUCAAAUUGUUGGACUCUGAAAAAUGAACGGAUGAAUUACUAAUGCUUAUUGCCGAACGAAUAUAAAAUUCUAGCCUUGGGAAGUAGACCGCUACCUAAAUUUCAGUACCUUCCUAAAAUCACUUGAUAGGGUUCUUAUUAAUAUUACAUGAACAGUAGGAUUCUUGCUCUCUUGACCUUGUCAGUUUUCAAUUCAGUGGAAUAAGUGUAUGUGCAUUGCUUUCUGUCUCUAUUGCCAAAAUCAAAUAAAUGGCUUCUCAGCUGGCCGUUGUUCUCAACCAAUUUCCCUAACCAAAACAGGACUUCCUCCAGGCUGGGGGAAAGAAAGUCAUUUUAUCCCAAUCCCUUGGAGAGUUUUGUAUGCUGUAAGUUGUACAGGUUAUGGCUUGGUUUAUUGCCUUUUUGUUUUAUUUCUGCUGUAUCCAAGCCACAAGCCAUAAAAUUAAUGACAAAAAUGGAAGAACAAAAGGUGAUUCAACCCUCUGCUUGAUGUUCCCCUCUAAUUUCCAAGCAAAAAUAAUGGUUAGAGAACUUUUUACCUCACCUGAAACAUUGGGGGUGAAUGAUCCUGAGGUGCCUGUUCUCCUUAAAGCCCCUAUUUUUCUCUCGCUUGGAAAGUAACCCAGGUUUGCUCAGCUGAGUGUAAGGGAGAUGGGGCAGUGUGAUGUGUGGUUACCAGCUGGGCCUGUCUCUGUCUUGCUGACCCAUGGUGUGGGCACCCCCUGUAUUGCUGGCACACAAAACCUCACCACUGUCCCCAGGUCCCCAAGUCCUCUCGAGCCUGUGGUUCAUAUGUCACAGAAGGAAAUGGUGCACUGACCAAGAUGCAUCUUGGAGACACAUGGGAAGGACAGCAGGAAGGACUGUGCACACACGCCCUGGUGAUUGGGGAUUUCAGACCUGUGUACACAAUUUUGGUCUUGGUGGGAAAAACAAACAAAAUUAAUAAAUGUUUUGAGAAGCUUAAA